CCUCUGUUCUGGUGGAUUAGGCUGGAUCUUGUCUUUCUGGUGGGCAGGUCCACGUCUGGUGGUGUGUUUUGGGGUGUCUGUGGCCUUAUUAUGAUUUUAGGCAGCCUCUCUGCUAAUGGGUGGGGUUGUGUUCCUGUCUUGCUAGUUGUUUGAUAUAGGGUGUCCCGCACUGUAGCUUCCUGGUCAUUGAGUGAAGCUGGGUCUUGUUGUUGAGAAGGAGAUAUCUCGGAGAUUUUCGCGGUCAGCGGACGGACAGAACCCUUGGACAAACAGUGAAAGCAAAGCUAUAGAAAAUCUCACACAGAAGCAUAUACAUACAGACUCACAAAAAGAGGAAAAGUGGAAAAAAUAAUAUAUCUUGCUCCCAAAGUCCGCCUCCUCAAUUUGGGAUUAUUGUCUAUUCAGGUAUUCCACAGAUGCAGGGUACCUCAAGUUGAUUGUGGAGCUUUAAUCCUCUGUUUCUGAGGCUGCUGGGAGAAAUUUCCCUUUCUCUUCUUUGUUUGCACAGCUCUCAGGGUUCAGCUUUGGAUUUGGCCCCGCCUCUGUGUGUAGGUCGCCCGAGGGCAUCUGUUCUUCGCUGAGACAGGUCGGGGUUAAAGGAGCAGCUGAUUCAGGGGGUCUGGCUCACUCAGGCCGGGGGGAGGGAGGGGUACGGAUGCGGGGUGAGCCUGCGGUGGCAGAGGCCAGCGUGACGUUGCACCAGCCUGAGGCGCGCUGUGUGUUCUCCCGGCGAAGUUGUCCCUGGAUCCCGGGACCCUGGCGGUGACAGGCUGCACAGGCUUCUGGGAGGGGAUGUGUGGAUAGUGACCUGUGCUUGCACACAGCCUUCUUGGUGGCGGCAGCAGCAGCCUUAGCAUCCCAUCCCCGUCUCUGGGGUUCACGCUGAUAGCCAUGGCUCACGCGGUCUCUGGAGCUCCUUUAAGCGGCGCUCUCAAUCCCCUCUCCUCGCGCACCAGGAAACAAAGAAGCAAGAAAAAGUCUCUUGCCUCUUCGGCAGCUCCAGACUCCCUCCCAGCUAGCCGUGGCGCACUAGCCCCCUUCAGGCUGUGUUCACGCCACCAGUCCUCUCCCUGCGAUCCGACCGAAGCCCGAGCCUCAGCUCCCAGCACCGCCCGUCCCGGCGGGUGAGCAGACAAGCCUCUUGUGCUGCGGAGUGCUGGUCAGCACUGAUCCUCUGUGCGGGAAUCUCUCCGCUUUGCCCUCCACACCCCUGUUGCUGCGCUCUCCUCCAUGGCUCCAAAGCUUCCCCCCUCCACCACCUGCAGUCUCCACCUGCGAAGGGCCUUCCUAGUGUGUGGAAACCUUUCCUCCUUCACAGCUCCCUCCCACUGGUGCAGGUCCUGUCCCUAUUCUUUGUCUCUGUUUUUUCUUUUUUCUUUUGCCCUACCCAGGUACGUGGGGAGUUUCUUGCCUUUUGGGAGGUCUGAGGUCUUCUGCCAGCGUUCAGUGGGUGUUCUAUAGGAGCAGUUCCACGUGUAGAUGUAUUUCUGAUGUAUCUGGGGAGGAAGGUGAUCUCCACAUCUAACUCUUCUGCCAUCUUCCUCAACUCCCAAGAACAGUGCUUUAAAAGUCCCAACCCGUGGUCCCCAGGACUGUCGCAGCUUCAGCCGCUGGAGCCCCUCCAGAGCCGGCAGCCUCACUUGAGGCCACCCUCCCCUCGGGCUCCAGGGCAGUUCAGUGACGGCGGAGGGAAGAGACCCCGAGCCGGGAGUUCCUGAACAUCUGAUUUCUUUGCUUGUGUCACAUGACAUAUCAGCUGAGCAUGAGAAAUGUACGAUUGAAUGGAACGAUACAAAUCAAGCAUGUGAGGAGGCAAUGAUUGCUGAGAUGCCUAGAGCAGCUCCUGUGUAUUUGUGGUGGCCGCAUAAGAAAUACUUAAAAGUUCACUACACAGUUUCUCACACCUUAUAUCUUAUGAACACUACUCAUACACAUAUAGUUGAGAAUAUAAUGAUUUUAAACAACAUAGUCCAUAAAAUUUACAUGCAUAAUCUUCUCGAAGUUCAUGUACAUAUGUUGUGCAUAUGGAAUAAUAGAGAUGCUUUUGAUAUAACUCAAAGUUUAGUGGUAUUGUGGAUGUUAUAGCUCACUUUGGUUAUUGGAAAAUGUAUGUGUUUAGACAAUAUUCUCAUGAUACCUCAAUCCUUUUUACUGGAAAUAAAGUCCAUGACACUCAAUAUUUUGCCCACCAAGAUGGAAUAUCCAAUUCCAACUGGAGAUCAUCAUAUGUAUUCCUAGCAAGUUAUCACAUAUUUUUUGGUGCUACUAUUUCAGCACAUGUACUAUGUCAUAUUCUCAGCUGUCCACAUGAUUCAGCUGGUUGUCAUUGUUUUCGAAGACAUCGCUGUGUCAUGGCUCAUGAGCCUGGUCUUCUAGAUAUGAUGAGCAACUGUACUUAUGACAAACUGCACUGACGGAUUUCUACGUGGGAUCCUUGUUUGAGUCAAAAUGUACCGUUCAACAAUUUUCCUUAUGAAGCUCCUUGCUGUGUUGACAAGAUCAUAAAUCAGAGGGAAGAAUGUGACUGUGGCACCUUAAACUGUGCUAGGGAUCCGUGUUGUCAGAACCAUUGUGUCCUCACCAUUGGCAGUGAUUGCGAUGAAGGAGGUUGCUGUGUUAAGUGUAAAUAUGCUCAACCUGGAACUCUUUGCAGAGAUACUCUUGGUAUUUGUGACCUACCAGAAUACUGUAAUGGGAUAUCAAAUAUUUGUCCAACAGACACUUAUAUCCAGGAUGGAACCCCAUGUUCGCCAUUAGCUGUUUGUGUGAGAGGAGAUUGUAGUGACCGUGAUAUGCAGUGUCAAGCCCUCUUUGGCUACAAAAUAAAAGAUGCUGCACUAGCAUGCUAUAAAACAUUGAAUAUCAUAGGUGACCGAUUUGGGAACUGUGGUGUGAGGUUGACUUGAGGAGGAAGUAAAAGUGUUCCUUGUGAAGCAGAUGAUAUUUUCCGUGGAAUGCUGCACUGUGGUGGUAUCAACGAAGUUCCUGGUGUAGGUGAGCACACUACAUUUCAUCAUAUAAUAGUACAUUAUGUUAAACUAGAAAGCUACUUUGGGUUCGAUGCCCACCAUGGGUCACAGGUAGCAGAAAUGGGGCUUGUAAUGGAUGGUGCAACAUGUGGCCCAGGAAGCUACUGUAAGGGCCAAAAUUGUACUUUUUUUCAAGACCUUGGUUUUGACUGUAAUGUCAAGAAAUGCAGUUACAGAGGGGUGUGCAACAACAGAAAACAUUGUCACUGUCAGCAAGGUGGGAAACCACCAAAUUGUAGCUCCAGAGGAGCAGGUGGUAGUAUAGACAGUGGCCCUCCACCUGACAGAGAAUCAGGUCUUCGAGACAAAAUAAUAACUAGUGUAGACACGGGUAUAGCUGCACUGUGUGUUCGUUUCACCGUUCUCUUUUCUACAUUGUUUGUUGGUAUCAUUUUUCAUGUAAAAAAUGUUCUAGAAGAGAGAGAAGAGAAAAAAAUGUUAAAAAUCAGAAAAACCUUGAACACAAGAAACACUAAUGGAGAAAGUCACAUUGGCACUUACUGGAAGAAAUGAUGAAUAA